AUGCAAGUUGACCCGCAUGGUGAGUGUUUUGGGCUGAAAUUUGACUGAAAAUGAUGAAUUUUGAGCUGAAAAUGAUAAGAAAUCGAUAUUUUUCAGCCUAGAUCAAAUUUCAAGCUUUUCCCUGAUUUUAAGCUUCUUAAAUCCAAAAUUUCAGCCGGAAAUUGCCAUUUUCAGAAUCCACGUGGAAUUUGGAGCAUUUUAAGCCCAAAAACCCUCAUAUUUAGGCUCAAAAUGCUCCAAAUCCCACGUGGAAUCUGAAAAUCCCAAAAUUUGACUGAAAAUGAUGAAUUUUGAGCUCGAAAUGAUAAAAAAUCGAUAUUCUUAGGUCUUGAUCAAAUUUCGGACUUUUCCCUGAUUUUAGGGUUAUUAAAUUCAAAAUUUCAGCCUGAAUUUGAGAUUUUCAGAUUCCACGUGGAAUUUGGAGCAUUUUGAGCCCAAACACCCUCAUAUUUAGGCUCAAAAUGCUCCAAAUUCCACGUGGCAUCUGAAAAUCCCUAUCCCAUUUUUUCCAGACACGCCAGUCCACCUUGGAUUCGGUCUCGAACUUCAACCCUCCGAUCUCUACCGCCUCAAAUCGCACUAUCUUCCACUGGGAAAAAUCGGCGGAAAACCGGCGUGGCUCAACCCGCAACAUUUGCCGAAACCCGACGAUUUACUGUGCAAAACGUGCCAAAAACCGUGCGCAUUUCUAGCCCAAAUUACAGGUAACGCUGAAAAUUUGACUGAAAAUCUUGAAAAUCCACGUUUUCUAGUGAAAAUUUCAUGAAAAAUGGUUAAUUUUCAGCCCAGAACCAUGUUUUUUGCUCAAAAAUCGAUAUUUUCUCAUUAGAGCGCAUUUGCUCACCCGAAUUCAAAAAAUGUAUCGAUUUUCAUGGAUUUUGGGUCAAGAGCCACUGGAAAAUGCCUAAAACGAGGUUUUUUGGCUGAAAAUAGUAAAUUUUGACCCAAAAAUCAUGAAAAAUGCUCAAUUUUGAGCCCAGAACCAUGUUUCUAGCUCAAAAUCCAUGCAUUUUCUCAUUGGAGCGCAUUUGCUCGUCCGAAUUCGAAAAAUUAAUUGAUUUUCAUGGUUUUCAAUUAUUUUUUUUUGAAUUCGGACGAGCAAAUGCGCUCUAAUGAGAAAAUAAAGAAAAUUCGUGUUUUCCUCCUCGAAAUUCAGAAUUUCAGAGAUUUUCAGAAUCCACGUGGGAUUUGGAGCAUUUCAAGCUUAAAUAUGAAGGUGUUUGAGCUUAAAAUGCUCCAAAUUCCACGUGGAUUCUGAAAAUGGCAAUUUCCGGCUGAAAUUCUGAAUUUGAGAAGCCUAAAUUUGAUCUAGGCCGAAAAAUAUCGAUUUUUCAUUAUUUCUAGCUAAAAUUUCGGGAUUUUCAGAAUCCACGUGGAAUUUGAGGCAUUUCAAGCCUAAACAUGAAGGUGUUUGGGCUCAAAAUGCUCCAAAUUCCACGUGGAUUCUGAAAAUGGCAAUUUCCGGCUGAAAUUCUGAAUUUAAGAAGCCUAAAUUUGAUCUAGGCCGAAAAAUAUCGAUUUUUCAUCAUUUCAAGCUAAAAUUUCGGGAUUUUCAGAAUCCACGUGGAAUUUGAGGCAUUUCAAGCCUAAACAUGAAGGUGUUUGGGCUCAAAAUGCUCCAAAUUCCACGUGGAUUCUGAAAAUGGCAAUUUCCGGCUGAAAUUCUGAAUUUAAGAAGCCUAAAUUUGAUCUAGGCCGAAAAAUAUCGAUUUUUCAUCAUUUCAAGCUAAAAUUUCGGGAUUUUCAGAAUCCACGUGGAAUUUGAGGCAUUUCAAGCCUAAACAUGAAGGUGUUUGGGCUCAAAAUGCUCCAAAUUCCACGUGGAUUCUGAAAAUGGCAAUUUCCGGCUGAAAUUCUGAAUUUAAGAAGCCUAAAUUUGAUCUAGGCCGAAAAAUAUCGAUUUUUCAUGAUUUCUAGCUCAAAACUCAUGUUUUCACUAAAAGUUCGGGAUUUUCAGAAUCCACGUGGAAUUUGGAGCAUUUCGAGCCCAAACACAACUAUAUUUGUGCUCAAAAUGCUCCAAAUUCCACGUGGAUUCUGAAAAUUCCGAUAUCGGCUCAAAAUCAAUCAUUUUCAGCAAAUUCUCCACAAGAUCCCGAAUACAGUUUUCAUCGAUUUCUCUAUUUUUUCGUGUGCCGCAACCCGACAUGCUCAAAAAUCAACGAUUCCUCGAAUCUCAUAGCUCUCCGCUGCGGUUUACCGCGAAAAAACGCGUUUUUCGGCCACGAUGGUCCGAUCGAUCCGGAUUUCGAUGGUGACGUCGAAGAUCCACAUUUCGACGCGAAAAUCUACGCAAAAUGCUGUGCAAUAUGCGGAUGCUCGGCGAGCAAAAAGUGCGCGAAAUGUCAAGCUGUUUGGUAUUGUUCGAAAGAGCAUCAGGCGAUUGAUUGGAAAAUUCAUAAAACAACAUGCUGUGCACCGGAAAUCGCUGAAAAUCCGGCUGAAAAUGAGCCCAAAAACCCCGCAAAUCCGUUCGUUUUCAAGGAAUUUGGCAUGGAAAUCGAUCAGGAAUAUGUGCCCAGCAAUUUGUUUGAUGGAAUUAGUGAUGAUGAGGAGGAUGAAGAGGGAGAGGUGCGUUUUUCAGGGAAUUUUUGAAAAUUUCGGCUGAAAAUCGUACAUUUUAAGCUAAAAAUCAUGUUUUUUGCUCAAAAUCCCACAAAAAUCAAUAUUUUCUCAUUAGAGCGCAUUUGCUCGUCCGAAUUCGAAAAAUUUAUCGAUUUUCAUGGUUUUUGAGUCAAUAGCCACUGAAAAAUGCCUAAAGCGAGGUUUUUUGGCUGAAAAUCGUACAUUUUAAGCUGAAAAUCAUGAAAAAUGCUCAAUUUUGAGCCCAGAACCAUGUUUUUAGCUCAAAAUCCACAAUUUUUCAAUAUUUUCUCAUUAGAGCGCAUCUGCUCGUCCGAAUUCAAAAAAUUUAUCGAUUUUCAUGGAUUUCGAGUCAAGAGCCACUGGAAAAUGCCUAAAACAAGGUUUUUUGGCUGAAAAUAAUGAAUUUUAAGCCAAAAAUCGUGAAAAAUGCUCAAUUUUGAGCCCAGAACCAUGUUUUUUGCUCAAAAAAUCGAUAUUUUCUCAUUAGAGCGCAUUUGCUCACCCGAAUUCGAAUAUCAAAUUUUCCAGGAUUCUGACGAUGAAACCGAAGAAGAUCGACAAGCUCGGAUGAAGGAAUUCAACAAAUUUGUGCAGCAAAAUAAGGAUGUAAGUGAUUUUUCAAGGGUUUUGGCUGAAAAUCAUUGAUUUUUAGCUGAAAAAUCGGAAAUUUGAGCCCAAAUCACCUUAGGAACCCCCAAAAAUGACCUUAAAAACCUUAAUUUUCAACCUAAAUUUUAUCAAGCUCAAAAUAACAAUUUAGAGCGCAAAACCUCAAAAAUUACGUUAGGACCUUGAAAAUGUCCUUAGGAACCUUAAUUUUUAUCCUAAAGACCCUAAAAUUCACCUUAAGUACCUUAAUUUUUAUCCUUAAUUUUAUCAAGCUUCAAAUAUGAAUUUAGAGCUCUAAACCUCAAAAAUUACGUCAGGAACCUUGAAAAUGACCUUAAGCUCUCUAAUUUUCAUCCUAAGUUCCUUAAUAUUUACUUUAGGUACCUUAAUUUUUGACCCAAACCAUAUCAAGCUUCAAAUAUGAAUUUAGAGCUCAAAACCUCGAAAAUUACGUUAGGAACCUUAAAAUUGACCUUAAGCUCUCUAAUUUUCAUCCCAAGUACCUUAAUAUUUACCUUAGGUACCUUAAUUUUUGACCCAAACCAUAUCAAGCUUCAAAUAUGAAUUUAGAGCUCAAAACCUCAGAAAUUACGUUAGGAACCUUAAAAUUGACCGUAAGCUCUCUAAUUUUCACCCUAAGUACCCUAAUUUUUUUUAAUUUCCAGAAAAACGUGGAUUUAACCAAAGAAGAUUUGGAUCAAGCAGUCGCAGAACAGAAAAAAGAUCAAGAUUUCGAGAAAUUCAAUCGAUUAGUUAGCCUAAAUCCCGAUCAAAUCAUCAGAUAUAAAAGAAAUGGAGAACCACUAAAAGCCACAUCGAAAUCUGGAAAUUUGGCUGAAAAUCAACCUGAAGAAAUUGCUUGUUGUGAUUUGUGCGGAAAACCGAGACGAUUUGAGCUUCAAUUAAUGCCUCAUUUAUUAAGCUUGAUUGAUGUUGAUGCGAUUGGUAGGUUUUUUUUCUAGUUUUUGACUGAAAAUUUGAAAUCUGCGUGAAAUUCUGCGUCGAAAGACAUACAACAUGCCCUACAUAUUUUCAAAAAAAAAAUCGUUAAGGUCAUUAAUGACCCUAAGGUAACAAAUUAGGGAUUAUACUUGAAGAAUUUGAAUUCGAAUCCAGCGUAAAAUUAAAAUUUCCCACAGUUUAACAUACAACACGAAAUAUUCUCCAAAUUUACCCUAACUAUGACCUUAGAGACCUUAAAGUGAAAAUUCUCUAAGACCUUAAAUUUAAGCAUUUUUUUCAAGAUAUUCGAAUUCAGCAUGAAAAACGCUAUCGAUUGACAUAUAGAAAUCAUAAAAAUUUAUCUUGUUGUCCUUUGCGACCUUAAGAACCUUAAGGUAAAAAAUUUUCAAAAGCAUAUCAUUAUGGGUGUCUAAAAGCUCAGAAUUUUACGUGGAUUUCAAAAAUUCAGAGCUUUCCUGCUGAUUCUGAUUCUCAGCAAGAAGCUCAAAAAAUCAACCUAAAAUUUUUGAAUUUUCUGAACUAUUCGAUGGAAAUAUUAAAAUUUAAGCAUUUUUUCAAGAUAUUCGAAUUCAGAAUGAAAAAAUCUAUCGAUUGACAUAUAGAAAUCAUAUUUUUGAGAUAAAAUUUACCUUAUGGUCCUUAGGGACCUUAAGAACCUUAAGGUAAAAAUUCUUCAAAAGCAUAUCAAUAUGGGUGUCUAAAAGCUCAGAAUUUUACGCUGAAUUCGAAUUUCCUGUUGAAAAUCCGUAAUUUUGAUCAAAAUUUUCAGGUCAAUCAAUCGAUUGGGCUUCAGUUUAUAUUUACACGUGUUCUGCCACGUGUCAAAUUCCCAAUGAUGGAUACGCCAAAGAAUUUGUCACCAAACAAGAUUUUAUUGAUUGA